ACGCAAAAAACUUUUUUCAAUAAUAAAAUGUUCUUUAGAGAGAAAACAUUAUUUUUAUUGCACUAAUAAAAACCACAAAAAUGGUUAUCAGACCUUUAACAGAAGCUCUACAAAAAGUGGCCAGCGAAGAAUUAAAUGAAGAUCCACAGCGAAUCGCCAGCGAUUUAGAAAGUUUUAAAAACUGGAUAGCUGAACAGCCCCAUAUGAAAUCAAGAACAGAUGAUCAGUUUCUGAUAGCAUUCUUAAGAAAUUGUAAAUAUGAUUUGGAGGCAGCUCAACAAAAACUGGAUAAUUAUUAUGCUUAUAUAGAAAAGAAUCCGGAAAUUUUAAAAAGACCUAAAUUGGAUGAAGAAAGAAUACGUAAAUUACUGAAAUGUGGUGUUGUGGUUUAUUUACCCCAACCUGUGACAGAGGUGGGCCCUCGGGUUGUUCUAGUACGUAAUGGCGCCUUUGAUCCCAAGGAAUUUACAUUCACCGAGGUUUCACAAUUUCGCCAACUAUUGCAGGAUAUUAUAUUUUUAGAGGAUGACAUUGCUGUUGUUGGUGGCUUGAUUUAUAUAAUGGAUUUUGGUGAUGUGACCGCCUCACAUUAUCUACAAGUUAAUCCCGCUUUAGUUAGAAAAAUAUCCCAAUACACAGAAGAGUGUGUUCCCUUAAAUCUGAAAGCUAAUCAUUUUAUAAACACUGCCAGUGGUUUUGCUCCACUGUACAAUUUGGCCAAGACCUUUAUGCCCGCCAAGACUCAAAACAAAAUGUUUGUUCAUGGUUCGGAUCGUGAGGAGUUAUUCAAAGCUAUACCCAAAGAGAUAUUGCCUCAGGAAUAUGGCGGCGAGAGUUCAAGUUUACAGGUUUUAAUUGAUCAGUGGGAGCAGACAGUGUUGUCCUAUGUGCAGUAUUUUCAAGAUAAUGAUAAAUAUGGGGUUGAUGAAACAUUACGUGUUAAGAAUUCGGAUAUGGCUACCAGAUCAAAGUUUUUAGGAAUAUUUUAAGAAAAUUAAACCAUAAUUAAAUAAAGAAAAUAUUUAUUUCAAUUUAA